AUGGCUUCCUCCCGCCGAGGACAACCGUCUCUUUCCGUCCGCAUGCCUUCGAACCAACCUCUCGAUCGUCCUCCCAUCGAUGCUCUCUUCCUCAUCCACUUCGACGUCAAGGCCGGAUAUACAAUCCUUUGGAAACAAAAUGCUCCUGGCAUCGACCUCGAAGGCCUUGUCGAAUACAAAUCUCUUCCUUCCGGGUUGCAUACAGUCUCCGAAGAUCUCAUCUACUUCGUUCACGACAGCGCCCAUGCUGGACUCAGCGCCUUUGUUAACAUGCCCUGCGAUGAGGAGGAGGCGCGGAACGCCAGAAUGUUUGCCGUCGGAGUUCUAGUUCCCCUGAGUUAUGGUCGUUUGGGGCGCGCUUGGAGGCAUGCUGAAGGACUCAAAGAGAUGGCUGCGAAACUGGCUGAAGAUCGCAAAAACACCAGCAUACUCGAGGAAUAUUGGGUUGCUAAUCGCGAAAAGUCUGGAAAUGGCAAUCGUCGACUCUCAGGAGAGACUCCCGUGAGCUCUCCGUCUCUCAACUCAUCACCUUUCCCCCGCAAAGCCCACAGCCGCAACCGAUCAGCUUCCGACGGCGCCUCUCUAAUACCGCCCGGUAACAAACUCUCACCAUAUCACCCUGCCUGGAGUUUGACCAGCCUUCUGGACAAGUUUGGUCCGCUCAUCUUUCCCAUACAUCGCGCUGCUUUACUGCGGAAGCGUAUUCUAAUAUCAUGCCAUGCACCAGUCCAUGAAGUUUGUGAUUUUGUAUAUAACCUCUCUGUUCUUUCCAAUAUUCCCCUAUCUGUCACCGAUAUACUUCCAGCAUCAGCUUCAACGCAGCGUCUAAGACCGCUUUUCUCCAUUGGUGUUCAUGAUAUACCUUUCCUCAUGGAUGACUUUGAGGCGUCCAAGAGACCUCGCAAUGACGAAGAUGCGAUAGAUGACGAAUCAGGCUCUGGUUGGAUUGCAUGCACCACUGACAGCAUUCUCGCUAUGAAGGACACACUCUGGGAUAUGCUCGUCACUUUGCCUCCCGACUACUCCUCUAAUGCCACAGAGCGAGUCUGGCCCGUGGUCGAAUGCCCUCGCGGACAGCCUAUUAAAGCGACCCAGCGAGAUCUUCGUCGUUUCACCACUCUAAAGAACGGUCUUGCCCGUCUUGCAGCUGCUAGCCAGAUCCCUAGUGCUGUCCCAGAGUCUCCCGAAGAGGAGCGCUCUGCGCGUAGAUUUUCUACCCAGUCAAGUCAUAUCGUCCGUGACCCACGAGACGACGCAGUGGAAAAGGUCGUCGAACCCCUGACAUGGGCAGCUUUUGCUUACAAUGGUUACAUGUGGUGGGCCAGCGCUGGCGAACAAUUGCGUCAGGAACAGCAAGAGGAGGCAGCUCACGAUGCCUCUCUGCUCGCCGAUUUUGGACCGUCUAUGACUAUGCCACGACCAGGUUCUCGAUCGGGACAAUUAUCAGACUCACUUGGAUUUGAGCUUGCUAUCAUCGCUUAUUUCCACCGUCUCACCACACAAAUACUAUCAGUGUUGGCUGACUUAGCUGACAGCCAAGACGAGCCAUAUACUGACCAUGACGAUGAUGACGAGGGUCUGUCACAAGCUUCGGGCGAAAGAGCACCACUUCGCCCAUCAGACUCUGACCCCGAACCCGACGAUGCCGAUGCUAUCCGCGUAGAUAGCCAUGCUGUGGAAAGCAUGGGCCUCGACGUCUGGAGCGAUACCGAUGCUUUGUUCAUCCGUGAAUUGUCAAUCCUGUACUUUGGUCGUCCCGCUCGUAUUGAGGGCAAGGGUGUCGAAGUCUGUGGUGUAAGAGUAUGCUGA